AUGGAUAAGACGGUCCCUGAAAAUGAAAGAAGCAACCCUCCAAAAUUCAUGUUACCAUCAAUUUCUAAUUUACCAAACCCUUCUCCUUUACAUGAGAGUGCGGAUUCUAUUCUUCGUGGAAGUUCUUCCGCACAAACAACCUUUCAACCUUUUGAUUCAAUAAAUGAUUUUGGAAUGUCAAUAAAACACGAGAUCAAAACCUCAACUCCUAAUUUCUAUUUACCUAAACCUUCAAUUACUUAUGAUUUGAUGAACACACCAUAUACCACCACUUAUUGGCCAGCAUAUUAUUCUGAAUAUUAUCAACCUAACAAGAAUAUCGCCGGUUCAAUGGGUCCACCAUAUAACGUAUCGACAUGGUCUGCAAAUGAUAAUAUAUCAAUGUAUAAUAGCAGACAAGAAUAUUUAAGGAGUUCAAUUCCUGUACGUCCAUAUCUUAAUGAUAAUAGGCAACUACCAUCUCUUACUUCAAAUUUACAUUCAAUCCUUAAUUCUUCACCGCCAUCACAUCAUUUGAGUCAUAGUUCCGCUUUUACUAAUGUACGUCGAAGAAAAUUGGAUUUUAAAGAUGAUCUAAAUUCAAAUCUUGAAAGUGAAGAUUUUGAAAGUGACAAUAGUUUAUUGGAGAUAGAGGGUAUAAAGGUACAACGUGCAACCAUUAAGUCGCAAGGUGAUGAGAAUACUUUCACUCAGGAAAAUAUCGACCCGGUUUUAUUAAACAUUCAUCUGGAAGAAGCCAUAAAGAAAAAAGACUACAAUGAGACACCAUCUUCAAUACCUAAUAUUAGUUGUAAGAUUGAAAGUAGUAAAGAUAAGAAGAAAAGUCGUUCUAAUUGGAGUAGAAAGGAAACUCGGUCAUUGAUCACUGCUGUUAAAUCCAAACACAAGUUAUUAUUGGCGGCACAACGUAAUGCUGAGAAAUCACGGAUUUGGAGUGAUAUGUUCUCGGAUCAUUGUACAAGAUAUUCAGGAAGAACCUUGAAAGCCUUUAAAUUGAGGUGGGCUCGAUUGGUUGCCGAUUAUAAUUCGGUACAUGAAUGUAUGAAAACAGGAGUUGAACCUAUGGACUUUGAUUUUUUUGAAGAGAUGGAAGGAAUAUUUGGCGAUGAUGUCGUCGCAGAUAGUGAUAUUACAUCGACCGAUCUCACAGAUGAAUGUUUUGUACCUGUAUUAAAGAUGUUAAAGAGGAAGUUGGAUGAAAAUGAAACAUCACAGACCGACACCUCCGAGGAAUAUUUAGAGGAUCAAUCAUUGGCACCACAAUCAUUAUUAGACUCACCUUCACCGCCAAGAUUCUAUGAGCCUAAUGACGAAGAAGUAUCUUUAAUUCAAUUAUCAAAAAGGAUCAGAGUUGAUAAAGACGUAAAGACUGUACUUAAAGAAGUUGAAAACACCCAACGUAAAUGUGAAAAGAUAAUUGAACAAUUGAAAGAUAUCACCAAAUAA